GAUAAGAAAACCAUAACCUAUCUAGAAGAUAUCUGUCGAUAGAUUACUUACCAGAUUGUAUGUACAACAAAGAUGAGGUUUUUAAUAACCGUAGUUGGUCUUCUUGCAAGUAUUAUUUUGGUGACCAAUGCUGCCAUGACUACAAAGCAUCCUCAUGUUCACCAUUCAGUAACUGGGUUGUCGUUCUUUUACGACAUGAAUUCUAACAAUAUGGUGAUGAAGAAAGAUGGAUACUGUUAUUUCGUGGUUUUAACACCAGAUCAAGAAUCAAGUGUAAAGACUCAAGAUGGGUUAAGGUCAAUUGAGGCUAGCAUGUUGACUUUACACACCACGGCUGCUCAUCUUGGCAUGACAGGAGCAGACCACGCCCAUCUUUCACACUACAUCUACAAUCAUUUCUGUAAAAACGAGCCUUUAAUUAAGCUUGUUGAAUAAAAAAUGAAAAAAAACGUAGUUUCGGAUGAUUGAAGAUUUGAAAAUAUGUUGAACAUGAUCUCUUUCAAAUUUUGGAAAAAAUGAAAUAUGAUAUAGCCAGGGAUCCAUACCGGUUUAUCGGCGAAGGACAUUUUAGCGCAUUGAUAGGACAUUUGAGCGAAAAAAAAAUGGACGUUUUAGCGCCAAAGUAGAAACCCAUUUUAGUGCCUGAUUUUUAACCUAUUUUAGGGAAAAUUAAAAUGUCAAAGCCCAUUUUAGCGAAAUAUUUUUAACCCAUAAUUAUAUAUAAAAAAAAUAAAACUUUAGUAGACCCAAGACAGCACAAUAUAAAACAACAGUACAUCACUGAAUUUCUGCUCAAAGCUUAUUGAAUAAGUCAGUUUUCGCUAAAAUGGGCUACCGAAAAUACAGGUGAAUGGAUUAAUCCGGCGCUAAAAUGGGCUUUUAUGUCGGCGCUCAAAUGUCCAUACACGCUGCUGAGUUAUUUCGAAUGGGAGUCUAAA